AUGACUCAAUUUACACGGAUUGUCAAUCUCCCAAUGACCCAAUGGGGAGCAGACUUGGAUAGCUCCGUUUCGGUCGUUGAAGUACCACCGAACAAUUUGAAACGUCAGCUAGUUCGAAAUCGUUUGUACGAUACCGUCUGUACAACACCGAACUGUAUUAUUUGUCCCACAGGUAGACUAGGAGACUGCUUGAGAUCCGGAGUAAUCUACCUGAUUUAUUGUACGAACUGCGGCGACGAGUAUGUCGGUGAAACGGCACGACUGCUAUAUGUCCGCAUCAAAGAGCACGUGAACGACAAGAAUAGGUUACGAGAAUGGACACCUUUAGGUGCCCAUAGAACACAAAGACACGACGGAGCCGAUUUUGAAAAUAGGGUCCAAUUUUUAGCGCACGAAUCAAAAACGUUGGCUCGAAAAUCGCUGGAAGCAUUUUGGAUCCAAUCCAAAAAUGAACCGCAAAGGCGAAUGUCUGUCGAUAAUACGGGAACUCGCGCCAUAUCUCGAAUGGUUCUUUCUAUUCAAAUGUAA